AUGUCAUUAUUAACAGGCGAGUACGGAGCUUCUGGACUAUAUUUAGGUAUUUCACCGGAUAUAAUUGCUGGUCUUGGAAGUAGUUUAACAACUGCACUGACAAACUAUGCUGAGAAUUACAAUAUUCCCGAUCAAUCUGGAAGCUCAGGAGGUACCUCCUAUAGAUUCUCAUCGUUCCAGAUCUCCUUGAACUUGGAUGAGUUCUUCCUCAACCAGAGCAACCAGGUUUUCAGCGCUGGUUGGGCCAAUACUCAAUUUAAGAUUCAGUGGAACUAUCAUAUCUGUGUAAACACUAUUUUCAAUCCAUGCGAAAAUGGUUACAUCCAGGUUUACACUACCAAUAUCACACCGACCGACACCGUCACACUCACCACCGAGUUGACAUUCGACUAUUCCACUUCGACACCGGUCGCCACUGCACAAUCGACCGAACUCACAUUCAGUGAUGGUCUCGUCCAGAUCUUUGUACAAUGUACCAACGCAAUCUGUAUUGUCCCGGUCGACGACAUUGCCAACAUGGUAGCCAACGACUUUGUUCCAACAUUGACCACCGGAAUCACCAACGAACUCAACACAAUGUUGCCAACAUUCACCAAUCGUAUCCACCCAAUCCUCACAAUGCCAACCACACUCAAUGGAUACACAUUGCAAAUGGAUCUAACCGGUUCGCUGGUUCAAGCAUUCACCGGAAGCGGUCUCACACCACUGCAAACCGCCCAGCUUCUUGGUGAACUCACUGCCACCAAGGAUGGCAACACAAUCACCCCACCAUUCCAACCGGCUUUCGUACCGGAAGCAUCGACCCUCGAGAAUCUUCAAGGUCCAUUGGAAUUCACAAUCACUCCAUACCUAAUCCAAAGUCUAAUGUACACCGGAUUGAACACAAUGCUACCAAUCACCAUCAAUCCCUCAGAGGUACCAGCGGCAUCACCAGUGCAAUUGAACACCUCCGAUUCGUUCUUCUCCGGCGUUGCACCAGGACUUUCAAGCUAUCCAAACUUGGGACUUCAAUUGGAUGUAUCGAUUCCACAACAGAUCCCACAGGUAUCGUUCAACUCCACUGGAAUCUUUGCCAGUUUCGACAUUGGUUUCGGAUUUACCAUCCUAUCGAACCCACCAAUGUUUGCAUUCGCCGUAGACAUUGCAACACAAAUGGAGAUCUACACCGAUGUCAAUGCCAUCUCGAUUUCCACCAUCGAAUUCAGCUCUAAACUCUUAAACUUGAUUCCAAACGCCACAAUCACCUCGAGCGCCGUCGGAGAUGUCGACCCAACUGGAUUCGACCAAUUGGUUCAAAUGCUCCAAUCGGCCAUUGCCAUCCCGACAUUCAACGCAACAAUGCCACCCGAACUCACCAUCUCCAAUAAUGAUAAUUAA